GAGAAAAAAAAAAAAACUCUGUUCCUACAAAACUAAAAUCUCUCUCUUUCUCUCUCUAAAACCUCUCCCUCUCCUUCCAUCUGCUCCUUUUUUUUUUGUUCAUGACUGGUUGGCUCUUUCUAUUUGUCUGUUGCCGGAUUAAUUUGUGAAUUCCGGCAACCCAUUUGUAUCCCGGGAAGACCCAGAUUGGAUCCGAGGGCAUUUAUCAUUUCUUCUUCUUCUUCUUCACAUCCGAGAUGAUUUUUUUAUUUGUUUAUUUAGGAUAAAAUGCAAUAGAUCCAGCUGUGUUUUAAGGUCGAAAUUCAUGGGAAUUUGUUUUAGCAUAGAAAAUAAGCAAGUAUCUCAAGAACAACGGCAAUUAUCUUCUAAGAAAGCAGGACAAGACUUUGAUCAGCCAGCAAGUAAAUUAAGUAGGCCAGACUCAUUUGACGUAAAAAGCGCCAGCAACACUCCAUUGGUCCCCAAGAAUGUCACUGAUCUACGCCAGAAUCCAGGAUAUAGUAAUGUUGACAUCUUUGCAUAUGAGGAAAUGAAAUUGGCCACAAAGCAUUUCCGACCUGAUUUCAUUCUUGGCGAGGGUGGAUUUGGAGUUGUUUAUAAGGGUGUCAUAGACAAAAGCAUAAGACUUGGUUAUGAGACCAUGGUUGUUGCCAUCAAAGAGCUUAAUCCUGAUGGGUUACAAGGUGACAGAGAAUGGCUGGCAGAAGUCAACUAUUUAGGUCAAUUUAGUCACCCAAAUCUUGUGAAGCUUAUUGGGUAUUGCUGUGAAGAUGAGCACAGGCUAUUGGUCUAUGAAUACAUGGCAAGUGGGAGUUUAGAGAAACAUCUUUUUCGUAGAGUGGGUUGCACUUUGACUUGGUCAAAAAGACUGAAGAUUGCUUUAGAUGCCGCAAAAGGACUUGCUUUUCUUCAUGGUGCAGAAAGAUCUAUCAUAUAUCGUGAUUUCAAGACAUCAAACAUCCUACUAGAUGGGGACUUCAAUGCAAAGCUUUCAGACUUUGGACUGGCGAAGGAUGGACCAAUAGGAGACCAGACACAUGUGUCAACACGGGUGAUGGGUACAUAUGGAUAUGCUGCACCUGAAUAUGUAAUGACUGGGCAUUUAACUGCUCGGAGUGAUGUUUAUGGUUUUGGAGUAGUGCUGCUUGAAUUGCUUCUCGGACGGAGGGCCUUGGACAAGGGUAGACCUAGCCGAGAACACAACCUGGUUGAGUGGGCCCGGCCACUUUUGAACCACAAUAAGAAGGUUCUAAGGAUCUUAGAUCCUAGAAUGGAAGGGCAGUAUUCAGUUAAAACUGCAGUGAAAGUAACCAAUUUGGCAUACCAAUGCCUUAGCCAAAAUCCAAAAGGGAGACCUCUGAUGUGCCAGGUGGUUGAAUUACUGGAAGGUGUUCAGUCGAAGGAUGAAGAUGAAAUGUUUCAAAGCAAUGAGAAAGGUGUUACUCUUUACGAUGAUUCAGGGCUUUCCUCCUGUACUCCAGAGACAAGAAAACCAGGUACAGGUAAUGGAAGGUGCAAACCGGCAAAUGGAAGAAGCAACAGCAAGCCCUCAACCGAGUGUGAUCUUUAUAACCCUUGCUCCGAUUUUGCAGUCUCGAGUCCAGUGAGAAGCUAGCAUCAUAUCAUUGAACUUUUAUCAAUAUGGAUGGAAGCUGAAAUUGUAAGAAAUGUAUCAAAUAUUCACCUUAUUCCCGUUCCCUUUCUAAAACAAAUUUAUUUCAAACGAGUGCCUUCUAUAAUUACAAAGAAAGUAAAAUUUCUAUCUUAUUAACCAUUA